AUGGAGGAGGCGAUCUACCGCCGACAGCAGGGCCUGCUGGGCGGGGCCUCCCUCCGCUCUUGGACAGGGACCAGGCCGACCUCACCGCCGCCGCUCCGCGAGCUGCUUCAACUGCUGCGGGAAACAAACGCGGGCACCCGACGCGAUUCGCUCGGUGAGGGGAACCGCGGCGUGAGUGCAAAGCCGCAAUGGAUGACCAUUGCGAACGUCGCGCGGAUAGCCGAGAAGGCCGACAACGUGUGCGUCCUCCUAAAGGGGUGUAUCGAAACCCAUUAA